CGUAUUUAGUUAAAUUCGAAAUUAUGAUUGUAAAAUACAUGUAAUUUAGUUAAGCUAUUGCGCACUAACCAAAUGUUAAAGGUGGGGCUGGUUGAAAAAACGGUCAGGUUAAAUUUGAACUCAUACAUCGCUUGAUCAUAUUCAGCACCACGAGACGGUGGACAGCGCCAAAGAUUUCAACUGCGUGUUAAAUUAAUCCCAUGGGCGACCAUCCUCCUAUGCAUUGAUAUCUUUCUUCUGGGAUUACAAGAGCGACAAAACAUAUUUUGGUAGCUAUAUUUCAGUAAGUUUAUGGGCUAGACUAUAUGUUUUGCAUUCGUUGCUGGAGUUUGUGAGAAUGGUCUAAAAUCAUUGACAAACCAUUAAGAAUUCAUACAUGUGGCGGGAAACUUUUGAUUUUAGGCCUGCCUUUGAUAUUCAACUUGGGCAGAGCAGGUAAGAAAAACUAAAAAACUAAAAACUACAAUAACCUUCAUUCAAGUCACCAUGAAGCACAUCACAUACUGUAACUUAUACAUUGACAAACAUGGUCAGCAUUUGCAGAAACAGAUAUUAUAAGGAUAUUAAGGAACGUUUUGCCAUCAUAAAUUGGCCGAUGUGAGCUGUCUGUAUUCUCUCUGUAAAUAAUGUGUAUUUAGAGUAUUUAGAGUGUAUUUAGAACGCACUGAAUUGGAUGUUAUUGACCACCAAUAGCAAGUGAAAGGUUUUACACCUUGCCAUUGUUAUGGGUAUUUACACACACCAUUCAGGUUGAUAAGGAUAAUCUAUGUUGGAUUUGGGGAAAAUCUAUCAAAACACUAUAAUAGAACUGUACAUUUUCAGAUGUGGUUUUAUUGGAGACACUGUAAUGUAUUCCUUUGUGAACAUUAUCAAAAGACAGAAAAUUAGACACCUUGAAACACAGCUUCUAUCAUCAUCCUGAAUGCUCACACAUGUUUGCAUGUACACACAUACACACAUACACAUACACAAUAUGUCCUGUCCAAUAAACUUAUGUUCUCUGUUUUUAUAUGGUUUUAAAUAUAUGAUUAUGUGCCAUACCAUAUGUAAACCCUCUCAGAGGAAAAUAUUGGAUUAUAUCAUGCUUCAUACAGUUGACUGCCCGAAAGUGCACACUCAAACCAAGCAGGCAGACUAAAUACAGAUUGAACAGAUUAAGGACGCAGUAUCGUGAGAUAAUUCCCAGAUCAGAAAUAACCUUUACGUCUAAGUACAACGCAAAAAAAAACAAAUAAAACUACUUGAAUUAAAUGAAACCAUUAUACCCACUAAACAUAACUAAAUUAUUUAUCUUGUUAAAAUAUGAGCUUGCCAUACCCUGUAGAUCUGUGCAGCUAUUUAAAGGCCCAGAGGUCUUAUAUAUUUCCACACUGUGCUGGAAAAAUACUGUGAAAUUGUGAAAAUUAUAAUAAUACACUUUUAGUGUAAGAGCUGUUUGAAAAUACCACCUGAAAUGUCAGCCUGUUUUGCUGGGAUGGCAUUUUGGUGACACCACCAGGUGUUAAAUUUGUGAAUAGACCAAGUACAAAGAGCGUUCCAAACCUCUGCCAAUGACAGCUAAUUUCAGUUUUCCCCUCCCCACUCAGAUUACUACCAGACAGUCCUAGCUACAUUUUUGUUUGAGAAAUUGCUCUUUGCUAAGAAGCAAUUUUUUGGACCAUUUUCAUUUAAAACAAUCACAGAAAGGUAAAUAAAAUGGUUACCCAGAAAUUAUUUGAUAUUGCGAUAAACGACUGCAAACCACUAGAAGGGAUGAGUAACCUUGCCUGCAGAACAGAACAUUAUGUUAACUCCCAAAGACUUUAGCCUGGUGGGCUAACACAGUCUUGAGUUAUGCAGAACAUCCGGAUUUGAUACCCAGUUGAUUGCGUAAGUUCCAGCCGUAGGACCAAUGCCAGGAACAUUGUGAACAAAACAGCCAGGUCACCCGUGAUACAAGUCAGUAUUAGACGUCUAUCCAUGUCUGAGGACGUCAGGAGAUGAUGUGGAAACCAGCCACAAUGGGCAACAGUGAGAGCUGUUAGUCUCAAAUUGGUUUAUGUUUUUGAAAGUGGACAGGGAUGGGGAUGGGUGUAAGCAUCUACCUCUAAUGCCAAAGGUUGCAUGUUCAAUCCAGCUAUAGAAAGUAGUUUGAGAUUGGUUUCCCUUACCUUAACCAUUCAAAAAAAAAAUUCUAAUCUUAAGAUUUCAACACUUGGGAAACAUGGACGAAUUCUGACGUGAGACUGUGAGAGCUUGUUGCAGAUGGUCACGUUGUUUUGCAUCUUAUCUACUGAGAGCAUGCAUGGGCAGGCUUAGAUGAAAACAUCUCUCUGUGAAUCUGAGGCUGUCAACCUUCCACCCAGGAUUCUAUCUGCUAAGGGACCACCUUUACCUGCAAGAUCCAAAGGGGAAAACGCAGCGUCAAGCACAAUGGGACCAUUCCAGGAAUAUGAGGAAAAGAAGUCAGCAGGGAAGGAAAGCGCCCGCAGCCGCAUCCCACGCUUGAUCCUUCAUCCUUUCCACCCUAAUGAGAAAGGGUCACCCUUGUCCGAAUCACCCAUUUCAGAGGAGGAGGGUAAGGACUGUGACAUUAGCUCGGACAACUCCAAACGGACCAUCAGCUUUUGCUCAGAUGACACUGGCUGCCCCAGUAGUCAGUCUGUGUCCCCCUCCAAAACCCUGUCAGGGUCAGACAACAGUCCACAUGGCUCCCCCAUGCCCACUGCCGAGUGCAAGACCAAGGUGAAGAGGGUGAGGGUGAUGGCAGAGUGGCACGCACCACCGCCGAGGCGCAAGAGGGAGCAGCGAUCGUCCACAUUGCCCAGAGGUAGCGAAGCAGACUUCAGCUCCUCCAGCAGCACGGGCAGCCUAAAGAGAGGGGAGAGCCUGGCCCACAACUCCACAGGGAAGAAGAUCUCCUCACGCAGUCGUGGUGCCCACAUCAGGAGCCUAACGAUGUUCAAGCUGGCAGGGAGCCCCUCAGGAUCCCACGAUGCAGAGCUCUAUGCCCCAUACAGGACAGUCCCCUCAUCCACCAGCAGCAACUCCAGCCCCAAAAUACCCUCCAGGAUGCCCCCCGGACGUUACCACUCCUGUGGGGACAACCAUGGGCUCAGAUCCCCCAAUCCAGAGCAGUAUCUCACCCCCCUGCAGCAGAAGGAGGUGGCCAUUCGCCACCUGAGAAGCAAGCUGAGGGAAGCGGAGAACACCGUCCAUGACAGGGACUCUGAGAUCGAGGAGCUCAAGUCCCAGCUGGGCAGGAUGAGGGAGGACUGGAUCGAGGAGGAGUGCCACCGUGUGGAGGCGCAGCUGGCCCUAAAGGACGCACGCAAGGAGAUCAAGCAGCUCCGGCAGGCUGUGGAGACCAUGAAGAGCAGCCUGAUGGAGAAGGACAAGGGCAUCCAGAAGUACUUUGUCGACAUCAACAUCCAGAACCGCAAGCUGGAGUGCCUGCUGCACAGCAUGGAGAUGGCCCAGAGCGGCUCCAUGCUGCAAGACGAGCCAACCAUGGACUUCAUCUGUGGUGACUCCCCUGUCAAUGAUAGGCAGGGGGAGGUGGGUGACCAGGCGGUGGAGGAGAUGGCAGACUGUGGGCUGCUGGUCAACGACAACCUGGCACACAUGCUCAUGUCCACAGAAGUGGACUCUAGCGGUAAGCUACGCUGCCACCCAGAGGCUGGUCCUGGGGUGUCCACUCUACUCCACAGUCUGGAGGAGAAAAUCGCACCACUGCCUCCACCACCCUCCAACACGUUCUGCUGCAGCACACUCCCUUUCCCUGCUCCAGAGGAGAAGGCCGUUCAGACCGAGAUGGUGUCCUUCCCUCCUGACCUGCACGCCCUCCUGCUGCAGCUGCUGAAGUUCCAUGGUGGUGCAGUUGGAGAUGCUCUCCUUCCAGCUUCUACCAGCCUCCUACAAAUCCCAGCACAGCAGGGCCCAGACUUGGCCCCUAUCCCGUCCACCUUAAGCCUGCCUAGCUCCUGCCAGCCCAUUCCAGUUCUGCCAGUGAGCCCUUAUAUGUUAAGUAAUUCAGGGCUGUGUUGCUCAGACCCUGAGGUGGUCUCCAUGCGCUUCAUGGAGGAGCUGGAUUUUGAGGUGAGCAGUGAGGAGCCCUGCAAGGCCCUCGGGAUGGCUGUGGUCAACAAAAGCUAUUGGAGCAGUAGCUUCCUUGUUGAUCUUGUUGCUGUGGCCGUACCAGUGUUGCCCACAGUGGCCUGGCUGUAUUCCCGGCAUGGCGUGGAUGGGGCGGCGCCAGUCUACAACAUCGCAGCAUUGAUCCGCGGCUGUUGCAUCAUGGGAUUGCACUCUCUCCGUCACGUCACUCAUCAUGGGGCAGAUGUGUAACGGUCUCACGACCCCUGCGUGCACAGCCCGACCCCUCAACUUAAAGCACUUCAACAUCCGUUAAUCAAAGAGUAUUUGAAUAUUUAGUUUUUCUACACUUGUGAAUAUUAAUGCUACAGUUAUUACUUUAGGUUCCCACGCGGUUACUUUGCACUGUGUACAGUUGUUGCGGUGAGUUAAGUCAUUGUUUAUGGUGAAGGGAUUUUGUUAAUUGUAUUUAUUUUGCCUCUGUUCUCUUGUGUAUAAUCUGAGUAGGUGGUUAUGCAUCAUUGAUGUCCUGGGCUGGCACUAGUUACCCCUACUUAAAGCAACCAUGUUUUUUUUCUGAAAGUAUUAGGAUUUGUGAGGGUGGAGAUGAAAUUGAAUGAGUGUUUGUAGUGGUUUAUGUUCCAAAAUAAUCUUAAACCUGCAGCCAAAGCUUUAUUAAUGAAUGUUUAUUCUUUAUUUUUCUACCUGGGAGUAGAGCGUACAUGUGUAACAAAUUGUUGAUAGGUGUCUGAGACCAACGCUUCAAAACAACUCAGACUUGUUUGUGCCUGAGCUACUGUGUGUAAUACUCUUAACAUCAAAUGUCCUAAUAUAUUUACUAUUAAAGCAUGAUAAUCCCA